AUGGAUUCAUAUGACCUGCGUUUGAAGAAACGUGCUGAGCGUAAAAAUGCGAAAGCAAAACGUCUUAUAAGAAAAAUCCAGAAAGAAUUGGCUAAGCCAAUAUCGGACUUACGCAAAGUCUUACGUUGGCAAGAAAAAACUGCCAAGCUACUAGAACAAAAGUUCAAGCUGCUGAAAAAAAUAGAUGAACGUUUGGCUUAUCUCUCCGAAGACACAAUACACUUCAAUAUGGAGAAGAUAUCCGAAAAACACGUGAAAAAGUUUGGUGCAUCAGCGUGUGUUUUCAGAGCUACGAUGGAAAGACCUAGAGAUGAUAAAGUGUACAAGAUUAAAGAUAUUGUUAAUGAAUUAAACGAACUUUUUGCAAAUACAAUUCAUCAGGUAAAGAAGGCGUGUGAUUUAGUCACACCCCUAGAAGACAGAAUGCGAAUCAUGAUCUGCUCGAAUGAACUCAAGUCCCCCAUAAGCACGCAACUAUUGCCUGCAAUUCGAAUGACUUCAAACCGGGCUAUAGCGGACAAGAAUCCAAAAAUCAAACAAUUUAAGCAGGGUAAAGCUAUUCAGAAGCGAGAAGCUUUGAAAUUAUUCAAGAAGGCCAAUAUUUCCUAUGGACCUUGUGGAAUACGGGAGUUGUCAGAGUUUCAAGGGGUUCUAUUAGAUUAUCAAAUUCAGGUUAUUGAUUUUAAUGCUCGAAAUACAGUCAUUUUUGAGGGGCCCCCAAAACAUAAAAAGCUUAUUUUAUACAAACAAGGUGAUCAUUACAAUGCUAUUAACCUUGCGAAACUUCCGGCUUUCCACGGUGAACGUUUCUACUGUGACAAAUGCUUUCAGUUCCUCAAAAAUGGUUUAAAUCACCCUUGUUUUAAUGUCUGUAUAACGUGCAGACAAAAAGACUGCGUUGAGAUUUCAGAUGAAAAACAUAUGUGUUCGGAUUGUUUCAAGAUUUGUCGCUCUACUGCAUGUUUUAAUCGGCAUAAAAAAUCGCGUCGGUCCAAAGGGGUUGACUUGCCAUCAAUGUGUGACAAGUCGUUUCGAUGUCAAAUGUGUUCAUCUAUAGUUGACAAAGACAGACAAAACGAACAUUGCUGUGGGGAAACUGUAUGUCAUAUAUGCAAUAAGUUUGUACUUGAUGAUCAUUUAUGUUUCAUGCAAACGGAAAACCCAAAACUCAAGAAUGAUAGUCUAAUAUUUUACGAUUUUGAGACAGAUUUUUCAACCGGAGAACAUGUGGUUAAUUUUGCUGUUGCACAAUAUUUAGACGAGAACAUAAAGGUUUUACAGCAAUUGCCCAUAAUGGCAUUUGACGGUGCAUUUGACGGUGUUUUCAUUCAGAGAUGGUUAAUUGAAUACAGACCGACUGCUGAUAUACAUCUUAUAAAUUCGGGACAGAAAAUUAUGCAACUGACAGUGAAAGAUCAUCAAAUCCGUUUAAUUGACUCGCUGAACUUUUUACAAAUGCCUUUAGCUAAAUUUCCUAAAACAUUUGGACUCGAUGAAACAAAAUUUUCCAAAGGUGACUUUCCGCUUUUGUUUAAUACAAAAGAAAAUCAAAAUUAUGUUGGCCCGAUACCUGAUAUUAAAUAUUACAGUCCUGAUUCAAAGUUUGAAAAAGAUCGCACCAAAUUGAUUGCGUGGCAUGAAGAACGAACGAAAAAUAACUUUGUCUUUGAUUUCCAAAAGGAAAUGGCUAAAUACUGCUCUCAAGACGUUAUCAUACUGCGUUUAUGUUGUUUGCAAUUUAGGGAUUUAUUUCUCGCAGAGACUAAAGUUGAUCCAUUCUGUUAUUGUACCAUUGCAGCAGCCGUAAUGGCAAUUUAUCGGUCAAAAUAUCUUCAACCAAACACAAUCGGAAUCGUACCGAAAAAUAUGUAUCGAAAUUCAAAUAAGCCCUUCUCUCAAAGCGCAAUCGUGUGGCUUGAAUUUGUAUCUGCGCAAACUAACUGCAAAAUACAACACGCUCUCAAUGGCGGAGAAAAAAAAGUUGAAGAUCCGGAAUUAGGUAAAGUGUACUAUGUCGACGGCUUUUGUGAAGAAACAAACACUAUAUUUUCUUUUUAUGGUUGUCUUUAUCAUGCAUGCCCAUCUUGUUACGAUUUAAGAAACGAUCAUCCCUUUUUUAAUGAGAAACAGAUGGCUGACGUAUUUGAUGAAACAAUUAGACGACAAAAUAGACUUUUACAAUUGGGUUACGAGGUUAAGACGAUUUGGGAACAUGACUAUUGUAAACUUAAGGAAACGGACGAAAUGAAACAUUUUUUGGAUACAAAUGACAUUGUAACGAAUCUUGAACCACGCGAUGCGUUUUUUGGUGGCAGAGUCAAUGGGUUUAAGCUUUUUAGGGACGCCCAACAAGAUGAAACAAUUGAAUAUGUUGAUUUUACAUCGUUGUAUCGUUACGUUAACAAAACAAAAGUUUAUCCUGUAGGUCAUCCAGCAAUCAUUCGCGAGAAUUUUGAAACAAUUUCGAAUUAUUUCGGACUAAUAAAAUGCAAAGUUUUAGCUCCCAGAAAUUUGUAUCUUCCAAUUUCACCUGCACGAAUAAAGGAUAAACUCUUUUUUCCUCUAUGUAAACAGUGUGUUGUACAAAACUCUUCAGUGUGUACUCAUUCGGAAAAUGAGCGUGCUUUUUGGGGUACUUUUACCACAGUUGAAGUGCUGAAAGCUAUCGAAAAAGGAUAUAAGGUUAUUGAAAUUUUUGAAAUUUGGCACUUUGAAAACACAAGCUCGGAUUUGUUUUCGGAUUAUGUGAAUUAUUUUCUCCGUAUAAAACAAGAGAGUUCAGGAUUUCCGAGUCGUAUACAAACUCCAGAGAACAGACAGAAAUACGUGGCCGACUAUUAUGAAAACGAGGGAAUGCUGUUAAGGCAUGAUAAAAUAGAUUACAAUCCAGGCUUAAGAGCAUUGGCUAAGCUAUGCCUUAACAGCUUGUGGGGUAAAUUUUGUCAAAAAGACAAUCUACUAAAUACAGAAUUCAUUAAUGAUCCUCUACAUUUCUACAGACGUUUGAACGGGGCCGACAUUGAAAUGCACGAUCUUUGCAUCUUGAAUGAUGAUUAA